AAAAAGACAGGAAAACAAGAUGGCAACUGGGCCAGAGUACGGGCUUAAGAAAAUAGUUUGGCAAAGGAUAAGAGAAACCAUCAUAGCUGAUUGCAGAAAGUCCGAAGUAUGGAAGAUAUUGAUGCUGGACCACUUCACCACCAAAAUCAUGUCAUCAUGUUGCAAAAUGUCAGAUCUUAUGCUGGACAAGAUCACCAUUGUCGAAGACCUCUUCAAAAUCAGAGAGCCUGUUCUUGAGAUGAAGGCUGUCUACUUCAUCACCCCAACAAGGAAGUGUGUAGAUGCCCUCAUCAAUGACUUCAAGGUCAAACCCAAGUACAAAGCAGCAUAUGUUUAUUUCACUGACUAUUGCCCAGAUGACUUAUUCAGUGACAUGAAGAAGCAUUGUGCAAAGUCAAUCCGAAUUUGUAAGGAAAUAAAUCUUUCCUUCUUGCCCUUGGAGUCUCAAGUGUUCACUUGUGACAAUCCAGAUGCCUUCAAAAGCAUCUACAGCCCUCACAGCCAAGACAAAGAUGAGACAAUGCAGAAAUUAGCGGAUCAAAUUGUCACGCUUUGUGCAACUUUGGAGGAAAAUCCAGGAGUCAGAUACAGGAAGGACACAACAUUAGAUAAUGCGAAGAAGCUUGCUGAGCUGGUAGACAAGAAACUGACCCAGCACUAUGAGAUUGAUGAAAAUCCUAAGAAGAAGGGAAAGACUCAGGCACAGCUUCUCAUUGUUGACAGAGGGUUUGACCCUGUGUCCCCAAUCCUACAUGAAUUGACAUACCAAGCCAUGGCCUAUGACCUCAUGUCCAUCAAAAGUGAUACCUACAAGUACAAGGCAAAAGAUGGAUCAGAGAAAGAAGCACUACUGAAUGAAAAUGAUCAGCUGUGGGUCAGGCUGCGGCACAUGCAUAUUGCAGAGGUUUCUGAACAGAUCCCCAAGCUGGUUAAGGAGAUCUCUGCAAACAAGAAACAUGCCGAUGAAAAGAUUACAAUAAGUGGGUUGUCGCAGCUCAUGAAGAAGAUGCCUUCCUUCCGCAAGCAGCUUGCUGAGAAAACUGUUCAUCUGAAUUUAACUGAGGACUGCAUGAAUCGUUUUCAGCAGGAUGUGGAGAAACUGUGCAAAGCUGAGCAGGACCUGGCAGUGGGUUCCGAUGUGGAAGGGCAGAAAGUGAAAGAUCCCAUGAGGACUCUGCUGCCUGUGCUGCUACACCCCCACUCCACCCACGACAAGAUCCGAGCCGUGCUGCUCUACAUAUUCAGCCUCAACGGGACAACGGAGGAGAACCUGAACAAACUGAUUCAGCAUGUGAAGAUUGAGAAUGAGAGUGAGUUCAUUCUGAAUUGGAAGGAGCUUGGAGUCCCCAUCAUUUCCUCUUCAAACUUAUUCUCAUUCCGUAAGCCGUCACGGAGGGACCGUUCCCAUGAAGAGACAUAUAAUCUCUCUCGAUGGACACCUGUCAUUAAGGACGUGAUGGAGGAUGCUGUGGAGAACAAGUUAGACUCCAGAGAGUGGCCCCAUCAGUCAGAGUGUCCAUCGGUGUGGAAUGGAUCAGGAGCUGUGAGUGCCCGUCAGAAGCACAAAGCUAGUGGCCAGGAUGAACGCAGGAGCGGUGCCAGGCUCAUCAUCUUUGUUAUUGGAGGGAUCAGUUACUCUGAGAUGCGGUGUGCGUAUGAAGUCACGCAAGCGGUCAAGUCCUGCGAGGUCAUCAUCGGAUCUUCUCAUAUUUUGACCCCCACUCGUCUCCUUGACGACAUCCAGGCCCUCAGCAAGGCUCCAAUGGAGACCUUCACCAUAGUGGAGGAAAAGUCCAGUGCCUGAGUGCACCAGGGUUCUGAGCAUUAAACACUGAAGGGAAUUUAUUUCGUCACUAUACUUUAUUAAAGCCUGGUUUGUAUUUAUAACUCGAUUGUAUAAGUGCAGUUAAUGUUAAAAGCCUCCUGUGUCCGUAUUAACUUUUUAACCCUUGUGAUAUUCCAUGUUUGAAAAUGCUGAGGGGUUGCAUGGACAGAAAUAGUUAGAGACUUUGUGCAUAACUAUUGUGUAUAUAUAUUUACAGCACUGCCUGCUGGCUCCAUUGCCUUUGUGCAUCUUUUUUUCCACAACUAUCUAUUAAGAGAAUAUUUCAACAUAGGGUUUUCUGACAUUGAUUAACUGUAAAUGUAUAAUGUUGACAGAUUGUGAUUGAUACAGACUCGCAAACUAUUAGUUGUGUUGUAUUGAAAGCAUAUAAGGAUCGCUGUAAGCAUAGACUCAUUUUAAAAGGUAUAUUACACAUGGAUCAUGUAUAUAAAUA